UGUCCUUUCGCUUAUCCCACUUCCUACUACUUCUUCGCAAUUUACAGGAGCUCAUGUCAUAUCCAUGGCUUCCACAACUAUGGUUGCUUCCCCUUCCAACGACAAUCUUCGCAUGAAUACUCUGCCGAUCAUAGAUCUCCGUCGCCUCUCCCAAUCCGACCUCUAUUGUCUUUCUCGUUUCUUCUCCUCAUCUUCUUCUUCAACCUCCCAAUCCAACAACGACGACGACGUUCUAAUCCCCAAAAUUGAUCGAUCUGUCUUCAAUGAGUCCGCCGGUAGCCGAAAACAAACCUAUUCUCGCCUCCGUCUAGCCCCUCGCAAGCCCCAAUUUUCUUCCUCCUUGUCCUCCUCCACAUUUCGCUCCCAAUCCUCCGACCGCCUAGAUGUAGGCAGCGCUCAGAUUGUUACUCGCUUGAAGCAACUCUUCGUUGGAGAUUCUCAUUGUGCCGUCAACGACAGCUACGGCGACGGAGAUGAGGACCUGGUCCUUGUUAACCACAUUUACGACGAAUCAGUACCUGAUUCUUCCUACGCCAUUUUCCAGAGUAUUCCUGUUGAUAUUAUCGAUAGCAGUUAUGGUCCGAUUAAGCGGCGGAGAGGGCGACCGCGGAAGGACAGCAAUCGGUUUGCUCAGAGUAAUGGAAAUGCGGCUCCGAACUCCAAAAGCGGCUGCGAAAAACGGGCGGCGGAGGAGGAGGAGGAGAUCGUAAUGGUAAUGCUGUGAACCUGGCCUCUUCGAUCGACCUGUAGAUGAUCAUAGUUCUUUAGGAGCUUAGGCAGACAAUGGCAGAGCUGUAGACUAAGCUGAACAGUAUAGAUUUUUUAGACAGCUGGUAUUGAUUGGAUUUACGUAGCUGAUGAAGGGGAACGAUUUUGAAUCUAUGAGAUCUCACAUUGGUUGGAGAGGGGAACGAAACAUUUCUUAUAAAGGUGUGGAACCUCUCCCUAGUAAAUACGUUUUAAAAUUGUGAGGCUGGCAAAAAUACGCAAUAGACUAAAGCCAGAUAAUAUCGGCUAGCGAUAGGUUGGACUAUUACAAAAUUUUCAAAUAUCUUCGAUCAUGGCUCUGUUUAUUGAUAGUCAUUAAUAUUACAAUUUUGUCACUCACUAGGAAAAAUACUGUGAAUAGGUAUCUCGUCAGUGUCAUUUUUUAGUUGGACUAUCCCUUUUGCUCAUCAAACCACCCAACAAUUGCUAGAGAAAAUUUGAGGAUGCAUUGUAGUAAGAUUUAUACUCAAAAUAUUACCUUUAUUGGAAUCUUUAACUUUUUUUUUUUUUUUUUUUGUUGUCUCUUUCAUAGUUA